CCGGCGCGGUUAAACUCGGAACGGAAGUGCGAUGAAAGCUGGUGAUGAAACGGUUCCGGGUGGUUGGCGCGGGUUUGUGGCGGGUUAAGGGUUGAGUGAAAGUGUGAAGUUUAAGUUGCAGUUGUAGUUAAUGAAAUGUGACCAUCAGCGGCGAGGAGUAGUAGCUGGCAGAAAAGGAUUAGGUUUUUUUUUGUUGUGUGGAGUGCACUCUAGCUGGGAAUCCAUUAACUAUGGAUGCACUUGUGACGGAUGGUUUCGCUGGAGUUUAUGAUCGAUUCGUGAGGAAUAGUAGCAGCAGCGAAUUUUGUGAUGAUAGUGCUGAAAACCUUAACGAGUAUUCGUUGAAGUUGUGCACCGAUAGUGAUGACAGGUUUCUCCGCGUAGGCAGCAACAAUGAAUCGUACCCGGGAAGCGUCCCAGACCAAAUGUCCACCUCCAUGGAGUGGGCCUACAUGGUGGCGGAUUUCCUCACCUUUUACUACACCCCAAUCCUCGUGAUUGUGGGCAGCAUCGGAAACAUCCUGUCCGCGCUGGUGUUUUUCAACACGAAGCUCAAGAAACUGUCCUCGUCGUAUUACCUGGCCGCCCUCGGAAUAAGUGACACGUGCUUCCUGAUCGGCCUGUUCGUCACGUGGCUAAGCUUCUUCGGGAUUCACAUCUACACCCGGGAAGUGUUCUGCCAGCUGUUUACCUUUUCCAGCGGCCUAAGCAGCUUCCUCUCGGUUUGGUACGUGGUGGCGUUCACCUUUGAGCGGUUUAUCGUGGUGUUGUACCCGUUGAAGCGACAAAGCUGGUGCACCGUGCGGAGGGCCAAGCUGGUCAUCGUGGCGUUGACGGUGCUCGGGGCGCUGCACAGUGCGCCGUACAUUGUGUUCGCGGGGCCGCAGUUCUCCGAGCGGAGCAACGCCACCAUCUGUGAUGUGCGGGAAGAGUACAAGCCCGAGAUGAUAAUUUUCAACUACAUCGACACGGUGAUAGUGUUCGUGGUGCCAUUCACGAUAAUCCUGGUGCUGAACUCUAUCACGAGCUUUACGGUUUGGCGCGUGGCCGGCCUGAGGCGUAGCAUGACGCUGAUUCGACGAAAACCGUCCAGUUUUGAAAUUCGUCGGCAGCUCAGCAUGCAACGGGGCUGUGCCCACCCGAAUGGACGAAACAAUGUUUUCAAGCAGCAACUGCAGCAGCAGCAGCAGCAGAGACCGGCAAUCGGCCGGAUGGUGAACCUGCAGAUGAAGGUGACCAAAAUGCUGCUUAUCGUGUCGUCCGUCUUCGUUUGCCUGAAUCUACCGAGCUAUCUGAUGCGCGUCCGUGCGUUCAUCGAGACGGAACCGUCCAACCUGACCGUGCUGGUCCAGUACUAUUGCUACCUGUUUUUCAUCACCAACUUUGGCAUCAACUUUGUGCUGUACUGCAUCAGUGGACAAAACUUCAGAAAAGCUGUGAUAGAGAUGUUUAAUCGUACCCGGCAGAGUCGACUGUACCAGGAGCCGUUCAGCGGUGGAACACAAACCGGUCGAGAUUUUCCGCAGCUCCGGUUCGCUGAUGGCCCUGAAGCGAUGCAACACGAUGACGAACCGUCCCACGCUCGCACCACCACCCAGCAGCAGCUCCUGGGGGAGGGAGUUUUGCGACUAUCCGACGUUGAGCCGCCCCUGACGUCGUCGCCACCAACAGGGCCAAGCCAACUGCUGGCGGAGCCGAUCGAUGAUGGGCCACGGCUCACAACAGCACACCAGCAACCAGAGACAGACUCAGCUGCUUCUGCCAUCGUCCCGGAGUCCCGGGGGAAGUGGCGGCCAGUCGGCGUCCUCGUCGAUGGUGGUGAUGGCUCAGGAAGAGCAGGACUCGGUUUAGGGAGGGACUUUUUGUUUUGUUUUAUUUGUUUCAUUUUCCAACAAAACAAAGAUGGUUUCAUCGAAGACUUUGUGAACUUCCUCGUAAACAUUCUUCCAUACGGUUUCGCUUCGAUUGCAAAGCUAUUUUCCAGAGCACAAAAAGUUUACAUGUACACGUAGGAAAACACAGCUUCUUAAAGUUUUACUCACAGACAAAUAAACGUGACAUUUGUAAAAGUUAUGUUUUACCGUUAGAUGUAAGCUUAAAAUUGAGUUAUCAAUAUUGUCUUGUAAAAAGUUAAAAGAAUAAGCUUCAAAAAGUUUACAAAUUCAAACCUACCAACCGGUUUGACCUUUGUUUGUCUGUGCAUUUCUUAUGCUUUUCUCUCCAAGCUAAUAAAACUUUUACAUCGAUUGUUCGUUAUUUGUUCGGUGAGUAGAUCAGAACUGAUGUAAAAGAAAGCCAACUAAAUAAUCCGGAAUACGAAAAUCGAAUAUGGCACGCCAAAUUUCCAAACUGGACUCAUCGGUGUCGUUCAGGUGAAGGAAAAAAAAACUUUUCCUUCCUACAAUGCAGAAAGAGGAAGAAAAAAACUAAUUGAACUUUAUGAUAGCUUUUUUUGUGGUGGCACCUGACCGGGGAAGAUGUGCUGCCCUAAACGAAAAAACUUGACCAGCGCGGGUUCGUGAAAUAGAGAGGGGAAUGAACUACAUUAUUUACACAGAGUAAGAAAUGUUAAAUCUGUAGGUGAAGGAUUCUUUAUACACAAGAAGCGUUAGCUGUGCUUCGGAAAAUUUGUUUAGAUGAAAAUAAAAUUAAAAAGUGAAAAU